GUGACGCGGUGAUGAUGUCUUCUUCCUCCAACGCCAGCAGCGGCGAGGACAGCGAGCGGUGCGUCGUCAACGACCAGAUGGUCCCCUUCAUCGUCCUCUACAUUCUCGUCUUCAUUGUCGGUCUCCCUGGAAACCUGCUGUCCCUGUGGACCUUCAUCCGCAGUCCCGGGACCGAGCUGCAGAGCACCCGUGUGUACCUGACCAACCUGCUGGCGGCUGACCUGCUGCUGCUGCUCGCGCUGCCCUUUAAGGUCCUGAAGGACCGUGGGGGGGCGCCCUGGACCCUCAUGGUGUUCCACUGCCAGGCCAGCGCCGUCGCCAUCUACAUCAGCCUCUACGCCGCCAUCGCCUUCCUCGCCUUCAUCAUCGUCGACCGCUACCUGCAGGUGUGGGGUCAGAGGUCGUCU